AAUUUAAAUUGAUCAAUAUCAGUGAAUGAUCGUGGGAUUUCCAUCUGUAUUUCUUAAUCUGGUUGUUUUUUUACAUUCCCGCUAAAUACAGCCAUGAGUGUUCAUUACGAAGACAUACUUAAGAGAAUAUAUGGAUUUGGAACAUACCAAAUGCGUGUUAUGAUAUUGGUGUCAAUAAUGCAGAUAGUAAAUGCAUUUACGUCUUACAUUUCAAAUUUUAUUCUUGGAGAACACAGACACAAAUGUAGGAUUCCUGGAUUCAGCAACCAGACAUUUGAUGAUGAUGGCGCUACCUACAAUGUAACACAAUGUACAUACAGUAUGAAUUCGACAACACAUUCCUGCAAUAGCUGGGUGUACGAUCAAAGUGUUUACACUGAUACCCUUAUAUCGUCGUUUAAUAUGGUAUGUGACAGGAAGUUCUACCGCAGUCAUCUUGUUAUGGCACACCAUGUGGGGGCAUUUUCGGGAAUGAUUAUCACCACUUUGUUUGCUGACAUAUUUGGACGGAAACUGGUAUUUUGUUUAUCUAACAUUGGCUUAUUUGCUGCAAACAUUGCUCUACCAUGGGUACAGAACUAUUAUGUUAUAAUGUUCUUAAGAUAUUUGAACGGUCUUAGUGGAAUCGUUUCGUAUGUAUCUGGAUUCAUCUUAGUGAUAGAAAUGGUCAAACCAUCAAAAAGAAUGAUUGUGGGAUGUGCGAUUUCUUGGAUUUACAUGAGUGGUGCAUAUAUAUUGGAUUUGAUAGCAUACUUUGCUAGAGACUGGCAUGACUUAGUGUUAUAUACAUCAGCUCCUAUUGGAUUAAACUUACUGUCUUGGUUUGUUAUUCCGGAAUCUCCUAGAUGGUUAAUUGUAAAGAAAAAAUUAUCUAAAGCAGUCAAGAUGCUAAAUAAAAUGGCUGAUGUUAACGGAGCUAAAGUUCAAUAUGAUACUGACAGCAUAGCUUGUAUAAUAGAUAAGAAGCACCAAACCUCCUUCUCGAAAUCCGUGAAAAUUUUGAUUACAUCUAAACAAUUGUUUAUUCGAACAUGCAUUUUAUUAUUUAAUUGGUUUGCUGUGAAUUUAGCGUAUUAUGGUAUUACCAUGAAUGUCGGCAAGCUUGGAGGUGACGUUUACGUCAACGUGGCCAUUUCAGUCACCGUUGGUUUUCUUGGAGAGAUCGUCUGUUUGUUUGCUUCAUAUAAAAUUGGUCGGAACAGGCUGUACAUGUUUUAUAUGAUUGUUGGUGGAAUAGGUUGUUUGUUAACUUUAUUACCUUCAUUGUUUGGACAAAAAUCUUUGCAUUUCCUGUUAGUAGCAAUGUUUAUGCUUGGGAAGUUAACUUUUAAUGGAGCAUUUUUACUGUUAUAUCUUUACACUGCAGAGGUAGCUCCAACUGUUACCCGUGGAUUCUUUCUAAGCCUCUGUUCUGGAGCUGGUAAAAUUGGUUCCAUGUCAUCCUCUUAUAUUGGAGAUUUAGGGUUAUUGCUUGAUACGAAGUUUGGACGUGCCUUACCAAUUAUUAUAUUUGGUGCUGUAGGACUGACAGCUGGUAUUCUUUGUGUGUUUUUGCCUGAAACUAAGGAUACCAUCUUACCAGAUACUGUUGAAGAUGCUGCGAAGUUAGGAAGGGUUGUUGACAACAAUGAAGCCGAAGAAGAUCUAGAGGAAAGAUCACGCGAUGAUGACAACAAUGAUUUCAAGCUUCUUGAUAAAAAAAGAAACGAUGACAACAAAAUGUAACAGCAUACAGUGUAAACAGCAAUAAAACAUUUUUUUAAUAAAUAUAUACAU